AUGACCCAAGUGGAAGAGGCAGCCCGCCGCCUGUCCAAGACCGGGACCAGCCUGUACGCCGUGCUGGAGCUCAAGAAGGGCGCCUCCCCCGACGAAAUAAAAAAGGCCUACAGGAGACUGGCCUUGAAGUAUCACCCAGAUAAGAACCCAGGGGACGCUCAAUCAGCAGAAAUAUUCAAAGAGAUCAACUCAGCGCACGCGAUCCUGAGCGAUCAUAAGAAGCGGAAAAUCUACGACCAGCAUGGCUCAUUGGGAAUAUAUCUAUACGAUCACUUUGGUGAAGACGGCGUCAAGUACUAUUUUAGGAUGAAUAGUUGUUGGUUCAAGACACUUGUCAUCCUGUGUGUUCUGCUCACCUGUUGCUGCUGCUGCUGUUGCUGCUGCUUUUGCUGUGGCACACUCAAGCCGCCCCCUACCGAGGAGAUAGGCAAGAAAAAAUACCAGCAGAACGUCCAGACUCAGCCUGGGCAAGCAGGAAACAAAGCGAAUUUUAGAAAAUCGGAAGAUGAUGAUGAAGAUAAUUAA